AUGUCACUCGACACGGCAUCGCGCCACCACCAGCACCCCGUCGCCGCAACAGGCCAAGCAGCAGCAGCAGAAGAAACACCACCACCAGCAGCGGCGGCGGCGGCACACGACCCCGGCGGAAGCGAGUGCCGGUUCUGCGAGAUGACGCGGCAGCACCACCCGCAGUGCGCGCGGCGGCUGCCGAAGCGCAUCAUCCUGGUGCGGCACGGCGAGAGCCAGGGGAACCUGGACAUGUCGGCCUACACCACCACGCCCGACUACCGCAUCCCGCUGACGGCGCUGGGCGCGGAGCAGGCGCGCGCCGCGGGGCGCCGCAUCCACGACGUGGUGGCGUCGGCGGGAGGCAACUGGAAGGUCCACUUCUACGUGUCCCCCUACGCGCGCACCCGCGCCACGCUGCGCGAGAUCGGCCGCGCCUUCCCGCGGGACCGCGUCAUCGGCGUCCGCGAGGAAUGCCGCGUCCGCGAGCAGGACUUCGGCAACUUCCAGGUCGAGGAGCGCAUGCGCGCCGUAAAGGAGACUCGCCAGCGCUUCGGCCGCUUCUUCUUUCGGUUCCCCGAGGGCGAGUCCGCCGCCGACGUCUUCGACCGCGUCGCCAGUAUGAUGAUCCCAUCCCUUCCCUUCCGAUCCACCGUCUCCUCUGCUCUGCUCUGCUCUUCUCCUCCACCAUUGACGACUCAUCAACCAACCCAUGGAUUGGAUGAUUGCAUUGCAGGCUUCCUGGAGUCGCUGUGGCGGGACAUCGACAUGGGGAGGCUGGACCAGGACCCCAGCUGCGAGACCAACCUGGUGAUCGUCUCCCACGGCCUCACCUCGCGGGUGUUCCUCAUGAAGUGGUUCAAGUGGACGGUGGCGCAGUACGAGCGCCUCAACAACUUCGACAACUGCGAGUUCAGGGUCAUGCAGCUGGGCCCCGGCGGUGAGUACUCCCUCCUCGUGCACCACACCAAGGAGGAGCUCCAGCAGUGGGGCAUGUCGCCCGAGAUGAUCGCCGACCAGCAGUGGCGCGCCUCCGCCAACCGCCGCAGCUGGGCCGAGGAGUGCUCCUCCUUCAUCGACACCUUCUUCGAGGAGCCCAACGACUCGUCGGAGACCUCCUCCUCGGACGACGAAGAACCAGAGGACAAGGAGAAUGGCAGGACCAAGCUGCUGGAGUAA